GUCACAUCCGCUGUGAAGGUCGCCUUGGUAGUGUCGGAUGCUCUCGCGCGCUGUCUGCUGAAUCCUCAUGCGCGUGCGGUCGUAACUUUGGACAGCGCGCGCUCAGUAUUGGCUGCACGCGGGAGCUCGCGCGGCGGAGCAGCACGGUAAUGAAUGUGGAUCUAUCCGCCCUGUUCUGUUCGGGCAUCAUCUGCCACGCUGAGGACGCGAUAUUAACGCCAGAAAAGUGCGAUAGAGCCGUGACAGCAUGAUCCUUCUGUUCGGAGCAUUGAAUCCCCUGCUUUUCCUCAUUGUCUUCGGACUGUAUCCGUCCAUGACGAUCGGUCCCAAGGAAGGAUGGCAGGUGUAUAGUUCGGCACAGGAUGCUGACGGACGCUGUAUCUGCACUGUGGUCGCACCGGAACAAAACCUCUGCUCCAGGGAUGCCAAGAGCAGACAGCUCCGACAGCUGCUGGAGAAGGUACAAAAUAUGUCUCAGUCAAUUGAAGUUCUGAAUCUGCGCACGCAGCGUGAUUUCCAGUAUGUCAUGAAAAUGGAAAAUCAAAUGAAAGGGUUACGGACCAAGUUUCGGCAAAUUGAAGAGGACAGGAAAACUAUAAUGGCUAGAAACUUUAAGGAGCUGAAAGACCGUAUGGAUGAACUCCAGCCAUUGAUUCCUGUGCUAGAGCAGUACAAAACAGAUGCUAAGCUGAUAUCACAGUUCAAAGAGGAAAUCAGGAAUCUGUCUGCCGUGCUGACAGGCAUCCAGGAGGAGCUGGGAGCUUAUGACUACGAGCAACUGUAUCAGAGAGUGCUCAGCCUGGACAGUCGCCUACGAAACUGCAUGAGCAAACUCACAUGUGGAAAAUUAAUGAAAAUCACUGGUCCUGUGACUAUAAAGACAUCUGGAACGCGGUUUGGUGCAUGGAUGACCGACCCUCUUGCAUCUCCAAGAAAUAACCGGGUUUGGUAUAUGGACACUUACACCAACAGCAAGGUGGUUCGAGAGUACAAAAGCAUUUCAGACUUCAUCUCCGGCCUGGAAUCGCGAACCUAUUACCUUCCCUUUAAAUGGGCAGGAACCAACCAUGUUGUCUACAACGGCUCUCUAUACUACAACAAGGAGCAGAGCAACAUCAUUGUCAAAUACAGUUUCGAGACUGGACGGGUUCUUGCUCAACGUGCUUUGGAGUACGCCGGAUUCCACAACGUCUACCCCUACACCUGGGGAGGCUUCUCGGACAUCGACUUGAUGGCAGACGAGCUGGGUUUGUGGGCUGUAUAUGCCACCAAUCAGAAUGCAGGAAACGUUGUGAUUUCUCAAAUAGAACCGCAGACGUUAGAAGUUCUCCAGACAUGGAACACGGAAUACUCCAAAAGAAACGCAGGCGAGUCCUUCAUGAUCUGCGGCACGCUCUACGUCACUAAUUCCCACCUGACCGGAGCCAAGGUUUAUUUUUCGUACAACACAAAGACCUCGACGUAUGAGUACAUGGACAUCCCGUUCCACAACCAGUACUUUCACAUCUCUAUGCUCGACUACAACGCUCGAGAGCGAGCGCUUUACGCCUGGAACAAUGGUCAUCAGGUCAUUUUUAACGUCACGCUUUUUCAUGUCAUCAAAACCGAAGACGACUCCUAAUGGACUUAAAGGAUUACUCCACCCCAAAAUGAAAAUUUUAUAAUUAAUCACUUACCCCCAUGUUGUUCCAAACCCAUGAAAGCUUUGUUCAGCUUCGGAACACAAUUUAAAAUUAAAUUAAAAACGGGAGGCCUGUGACAGUCCCAUUGACUGCCAUGGAAUUUUCAAAUGUGAAAGUCCAGAAAAGUAGGAAAGACAGUGUCCAUCUUCCAUCAGUGGUUCAACCGCAACUUUACAUUCAUAUUUUUUGUGUGGAAAGAAAUAAAAAAAUGACAACUUUAUUCAGUGUUUUAGCACUGUAAUGUUACUGAAGAGUCAUUUUGCAUAACAUCUGCUGGUUGAAACAGCGUACACAGUUCUGUGUCAGCAGCAAUGGAAAGAUACGCAGUUUGUAAAAAUUAAAGCGCAAUAGGAAUACAAGAUGUAUCAUUCCAUUGUCCCGGUUUUUAUCCAAAAUAUCUUAAAUUGUGUUCUGAAGACAAACAAAAUUUUGUCGGGUUUGGAACGACAUGGGGGUAAGCGAUUAAUGACAAAACUUUUAUUUUGCAGUGGAGUAACCCUUCAAUGGAUAAAAAAAACGGACAAUUCAGUUUGAAUUUUCUACUUGUUUAUGGUUCUUUUCCCAAAGUUAAUGAGAUAUAUUGCCUUUACUUCACCAUAGACUGCAGUUUGAGUCAAACAUCGUCUCGCCCGUGACUGAUGACACAUGAAGACUUGAUGAUGCAAUGCCAUCAAACCAAACAGAACGUUUUGAAGUUCUUUUAUUCAUCUGCUCAUAGCUGCUCUGAAAGUUAGGCCUUAUUGCAAUAUUUCACAACGCGAGCAGCAGACGGAUUGCUCUACUGCAUGAAUGUCUGAUUCUUUCACCAUUUGUUAUCCGUUCCGUGGUCUUUGUGUAUCAGAAAUUCCAUUUUCUUAUAUAGUGACGUGUUUUUGGCGACUUUGAUUUCUCCAGACUCUCCUGGUAAUCUAAUGUUGUGUCAAGUUUAGUUGUACAAACUGUAGAGCCCUGAAUAUGAACCUAUGUAAACGAUUGUAACAUUCAUUGUCACUGUGAGAGGAAAUAUUUUAUAUUAAAUCUAGAACAAAACAAUAAAUCAACUCGAACGAA